AUGCCAUUGCCAAGUACAUGUCUGGUCUUAAAUGGUGAAGAAGAGCCUGAAUCAUUUUCUAAGGUGAAGGUGCUGAAUGAUUCAAGACCAGUUAUCCACAAAAUAUCCGAGUCUCUUGUCGAUACUUUUCUCCCUUCAGGUUAUCCACAUAGUGUGAAUGAAGGGUAUCUUAGAUACACACAAUUUCGAGCAUUACAACACUUCUCCAGUGCAGCAUUAUCUGUCUUAUCAACUCAGUCACUGUUAUAUGCUGCAGGAUUAAGACCUACACCAGCACAAGCAACCGCAACCAGUUGGAUACACUUAAGGAUGGAAUGCAGCAUGUGGGAAAGCUAAUGUGCAGCAAGUUAGGUGCAAAAAUUGAUUCUGAACCCAAACGAUGGCGAAUUUUUGCUGAUAUGUUAUAUGACUUUGGCUCUGGUUUGGAAGUUCUUUCCCCAUUAUGUCCACCACUGUUUCUUGAAAUGGCUGGACUUGGAAAUUUUGCAAAGGGAAUGGCCAUGGUUGCUGGCUGCAAGGGCAACAAGUUUCAAACAUUCUUUAUGUCUAUUCAUUUCAAGCUGACAAAUAUUGAUUGCUUGCAUGGAAAGUUUGGAUUAUUGAUCUACAUUUGUAACAAAAAGAUAAGUAGUCAUUUAUUUGAAGGUUGUGAUUGAUUUGUUAUGAACUGAAUUUGUAGGGUGAUGGUGGGAGACCUAGCUUUAGUCGUGGAGGUGGCGGUGCUCAAUUAAACCUUUUAGUUAGUUCCAUGCUCUUAUUAAAUUUGAGGUUUUCUGUUUUAUGGUUUUUUCUUUGUGAUAUUAUUGGAAGAUACUCCAUACUGUUUGGUGCAACUUUUCUUUGUGAUAUUAUUGGAAGAUACCCUUUUCCUUUUUCUCAUUUUUCGUAACAAUUUUUUUUUAAUCCAAAUUAACUUUCAUCUUCACAUGUUGCAUUUAAUCGCCAAGUUAGUGUGACAUUGGAAGGUAAUAUAUUUUAACCAAGUGGACUCGUGAUUGGUGGUUCUCGCAAGUAAGCAACAUUUCACAAAUUUUAUAAAGGAUGACAGAGGGAAGCACAAUGUUUGAAGGUCAUGCUGCAACAUACUGAUAGUGAUAGCUUAGACUUGUAAAUCACACAGAAAACUCAAACGUAAAGGAUGGAUUCCCACAAUUCUAGAGACAAAUACGUCCUUGGGCCUAUCCUAUCACAUACCCACCCUGCAAGAACAAACAAUAUUAAAGGUAUAAACAUACAGGUUUCUGCUAUGAAGAGCUAAAGAACACAAGGGCUCUAUUUAGAAUUCACUUCUAAUUUAUAUAAUUUCAUGUGGUUUAUUUUUUAUUUAUUUUUUUUUUAACUUUCCAAGGGCAAAAUGGUCAUUUUCAAAGGAAAAAAAAAAAAAAAACUUGAUCUUGCCUUCCUAGUGCAACUUCAUUUAUGACACAUGUUUUUUCUUUCUGUCCUAUGCUUUUUGGAUAAUUAAAGUGUGUGUGAGCUAUAAUAAACAAAUAAAUUAAAGUACGGG